AUGCAUAAAUAUGAAUAAUAGGCCUAUAUAUCUUCAUUAUUAGCAUAAUCUCGUAAAUAUUACGUCUAAAAUACUCCAUUAGAUAUAACUUAAGCAAAAGAAGAAAUCGAAUUAUUAGAAAUAAACGAAUAAAUGUAAUACGCAAAUAUAGACCAUUUAGAAUAAAUAUUUAACAUAUUAAAUGCCUUAAAUAAGGCAACUAUAGAAGAAUCUGAUAUAAUAUUAAAUAGAAGAUAUGAGGAACUAUCUAAAAUACAAGAAAUUGUAGAUCCGGAUAUGUUUCCAAUGUUUUCAUUGAUCGAAACCUUAGAUAUUGAAGAUUUAGUAAGUAUUUGGGAUUAUAAAUAUGAAAAAAUAAUGCCAAAUGUUAAAUUAAGAACUGGUUUUUUAUUAAAAGUUUAAGAAAGUACAAUAGAACAUCAUUAAGCUGGUAAAGGAGUUUUUCUAGAAUGUGAAAAGGAGGUUACUAUAGGGACUCUUUUGGGGUUUAUGGGAGGAAUAAUAUUUAAUGAUAUAAAAGAUUUUUAAAAUUUCAAUUAAAAAGAGUCUUUAAAUAGUAUUUUUAAUAAUUAAAAUUACAUACAUGGAAUGGGAGUUUUCGCAAUUAAAAAUAUAUAAAAUGGAGAAGAAUUAUUUGCUGAUUAUAUUGAAAGUGAAAGUUAUUAAGCAAAUUCACAGCAUUUAGACUGGUUGAUUAAAUCAGACAGUAAUAUAGAAUUUCUUAAAUAAAAUAUGGAAAACAAUUAUGGAAAAGGUUUUAAAAUUUUAGAAUAUAUUUUGAGUUUUUAAAAUAUGGAUGUUCUUGAAGAUUUUGAAAAUAAAAUUUCCAAAAAUUAAAAAGAAGAAUUUUUAGAAGUCGAAAAAAAACACUAAUACUUCAAAUUAAAAAAGCCAAAUAUAAAACUUUCUGAUAUGACAGAAGAUAUGCAAAAUGAUGCUUCAAAUAUAGUUUUAGCAUCAAUCGAUAAAUAUACAAAUGAAAGAGAUAUUUCAUAUUAUAUUAAAAAAGAAUUUGAUAAAAGACAUUUAGGAUAAUGGCAUGUCGUUGUUGGUAAAUAAUUCUCCUCAUACGUUACACAUGAAGAGGGUUAUUUUAUACUUUUAAAUAAAGGGCCAUUAUAGGUUUUAAUAUUUAGAUGUUGA